AUGUCGCCUGAACAUGCCAACCCAAACCUGAGAACCUCUACCAAGGGCUUGAUGGGUGAAGGUCGCACAACUCCUGCUACGGAACUAGACAUGCACCGAACACCCAACUUCCCGUACUCAUACUUUCUGGAUUCCAAUUUAUUCCAGCCAAUAUCGAGAGACAUAUUGACAAUACAUGACGGCCCGUUUUUUAUCGAGCAGCAACGACGCUUUGCGGCUGCUGGUACAUUCGACUCUUUGAUAGAUCACUACGAGACUACCAUCCACCUGUGGCUGCCCAUGCUCAGCAUCAAGCGCCUAAGGCAAAACGCAAAAGCUCUUGGAGGCUCAACUCGGGGCGUUGUUGAUGUUCUAGUCUUCUUGGCCCUUGAGGCUCUUGUUAGUCAGAGUGACGAGCCUACCAUAUUGCCGCAAAGUAACCCUUCAUAUUUAAAGGCAAAGCAUGGCAGCUUUAUCGCUGAGAGUGGGGGAACCAUCAACAUCCAACUGAUACAGACUAUUGCCUUGGUAGCCUUGUACGAACUUGGCCAUCGUAUCUACCCUGCCGCGUAUUUAACAAUAGGACAAGCUGUUCGACUAGCUACCAUGGUUGGACUGCACAGCCAAAAGGAUGCGAAACAACUCUUUGUGGAACCUGAAACUUGGACAUUAUGCGAAGAGCAGAGACGGACUUGGUGGGCGAUUGUAAUGCUUGACAGAGUUGUCGUUGCAGGCUCCCCCCAACUUCUCAUGGCUGCUCCAGAUCCGAACACGAAUGAUCUUCUUCCCUGCAACGACGAUGACUGGACGAAUGGACGAAUAGGUUUCAAUGAAGCACUAUUUACGCGCAACUUCCACUCGCCCUCGUCUGUGGGACAAUUUGCUAGAGUAUGCCAAGCGGUCCAUAUGUUUGGCAAAGUUCUUCGUCACAUAAAAUCGAGAGAAAAAGACACCGACCCAGUCGAACUUACUGCCGAGGCCUUGCAGCUGCACAUCGUCUUGACAGCGUUAGAUCAGGGCAUCAUGAGCAGUGACUGUGACAUCAUGACGACACCUGGGAGCCUGCAUUCCGCAUUAUCACUGUGUAGCUUAGCUCGAUUGCUACUAUACAAUGAAUAUGCAUGCAACGAGCCUAGCUUCAGCACGGCACGCGAGAGACUGGCUGCAGAGGUUCAGUUGCAACAGAUAUCUCUGGCGAGCAUCCAAGACAUCGUAUCCAAGACAAUACCGCAGAUGGCGAGGCAAAUAGUGUCGGCAAGUCAACAACAAUCCAAGGGACCAAGACAUUCGCCCAUCUUGGCCGGCUGCCUGUAUCACGCAGCGACAGAAUGCGCAUGGUUCGUCAAGGAGAACAAUGAUGCGGAGAUGGUGGCUGGUUUGGAAGCCAUCACGCAUGCACUCGAAGUUCUAAAAUCCGAGUGGUCUGUUUGCAAUGAAUAUCUCACCUACCUGCAAGGCAACAGCCCUCAAAACUGA